UUUCCUUGUAGAUAUACCUGAUGUAUGGGACCAGAAAAGCAAACAUAUGUUUCAGAAUUCCUCCUCCUGGGACUUUCUGAGAAGCCAGAGCAGCAGCUUCCCCUUUUUGGGCUCUUCUUAAGCAUAUAUGUGGUCACUGUGGUAGGGAACCUUCUCAUCAUGCUGGCCAUUGGUUCUGACUCCCAUCUGCACACUCCAAUGUACUUCUUCCUCUCCAACUUAUCCUUUGUUGAUUUUUGUUUGGUAUCCACUACAGUCCCAAAGAUGCUGGUGAACAUCAUAACACACAGUAAAGUUAUCUCCUAUGCUGAAUGCCUUGCCCAAAUGUAUUUCUUCAUGGUUUUUGCUUUUUUAGACAAUUUUCUCCUCACUGUGAUGGCCUAUGAUCGUUUUGUGGCUAUCUGUCACCCCCUGCACUAUAUCACCAUAAUGAGUCCAAGGAUUUGUGGUAGGCUGGUUUUAAUCUCAUGGAGUAUCAGUCUUCUAAAUUCCAUUCUCCACACUUUAAUGGUGAUGCGGUUGUCCUUCUGUUUGGAAAACAAACUUCCUCAUUUUUUCUGUGAUAUUAGUCAGGUUACAAAGCUCUCUUGUUCUGAUCCUCUCAUCAAUGAUGUCUUAGUGUAUUUUGCAGCUGGUCUGCUGGGUAUUCUUCCCCUUACAGGGAUCCUUUUCUCUUAUAGUCAAAUUUGUUCUUCCUUAUUGAAAGUUCCAUCUACUAUGGGAAAAUAUAAAGCCUUUUCUACCUGUGGGUCUCAUCUCUCUGUUGUUUCAUUAUUCUAUGGCACAGGGCUUGGAGUAUAUCUGAGUUCCUCAGCUAACCACUCCUUCUGGAAGACCUCAGUUGCCUCAGUGAUGUAUUCUGUGGUCACUCCCAUGUUGAACCCCUUCAUCUACAGCAUGAGGAACAAGGACAUAAAAGAUGCCAUCAGAAGACUAAUUAACAAAAUGCCCCAAUACCAUUGA